AUGUCUGUGUGUUUUCCAGCGAACGAAUACGGAACACUUUAUAUUCAGGAAUACAAGAAAAACAGCAAAGUGGAGUCAAGUACAUGCAGCAGCUUCAUGGGCUUGAAGGAUCAUCUGGGGCAUGACUUAGGCCACCUUUAUGUGGGGAGCACUGGCACACAAAUAAAUGCAAUUGUACCUUGGUCAAUGGCGGAGAAGCCAACGAUGGAUAAGGUUAAUUCUAGGAAAGAAGAUGUAGACAAGGAGGCAUCUGAAGAGACUUCUGGAAGCUCCAGCUGUGACUCUGAAGAAAGCACAAAUUCUGAUAAUGAUUCAGAGAGACUGAAUAAUUCUGCAUCAGAAUCACAUUUAUUGCCUAAGACUCACCGACAGCUGUGCCGAUCUCCUUGCUUAGAGCCUCAUAUACUAAAAAGAAAUGAAAUCUUGCAAGACUUUAGGAUAGAAGAGGCUCAGAUAGUACCUAAGGAAGUCAAAAAGCCCCCUGAUGUGGUGAAAGAAUAUCAAACCAAACUGGAGUUUGCACUUAAGUUGGGUUACUCAGAAGAGCAGGUUCAACUUGUACUAAAUAAACUUGGUACUGAUGCUUUAAUAAAUGAUAUUUUGGGAGAACUUGUCAAACUUGGGAAUAAAACUGAGACUGAUCAGACUGUAACUAAUGCUAACACUAGUGUAAUACGUGAAGCGUCUUCCAUAGAGUCUCAGAGGUCAGAGUCUCCACUGCAGGAGGAUGCGACAGAGGAUGGUGACAACCUGAGGCCAAUAGUUAUCGAUGGCAGCAAUGUUGCAAUGAGCCAUGGGAACAAAGAAGUAUUUUCUUGUCGAGGAAUCAAAUUGGCGGUAGACUGGUUUUUGGAAAGAGGCCACAAAGAUGUUACAGUGUUUGUGCCAGCAUGGAGGAAAGAACAAUCGAGACCUGAUGCUCUUAUCACAGAUCAAGAAAUCUUGCGUAAAUUAGAAAAGGAGAAGAUUCUUGUGUUCACACCGUCCCGCCGAGUGCAAGGGAGAAGGGUCGUAUGCUACGAUGACCGAUUUAUAGUGAAGCUGGCCUUUGAAUCAGAUGGCAUCAUUGUUUCUAAUGAUAACUACAGGGAUCUAGCUAAUGAAAAGCCUGAAUGGAAGAAGUUCAUAGAUGAACGCUUGCUGAUGUAUUCAUUUGUUAAUGACAAAUUUAUGCCUCCUGAUGAUCCUCUUGGCCGCCAUGGUCCAAGUCUGGACAAUUUUCUUAGGAAGAAGCCUAUUGUGCCAGAACAUAAGAAGCAACCAUGUCCAUACGGGAAGAAAUGUACCUAUGGACACAAAUGCAAAUACUAUCAUCCAGAAAGAGGAAAUCAGCCUCAGCGAUCUGUAGCUGAUGAACUUCGUGCCAUGUCUAGAAGCACAGCUGCCAAAACUACAAGUGAAGGAGGACUGGUAAAAAGCAACAGUGUUCCCUGUAGCACUAAAAAUGAUGGCACUUCUGAGCUGAAGCGUGCUGCUCCAAAGAGGCAGUCGGAUCCUAGCAUAAGGACUCAAGUCUAUCAAGACUUGGAGGAAAAGCUUCCCACCAAAAACAAAUUGGAAACCAGGUCUGUACCUUCUUUAGUUAGUAUACCAAGUUCCUCUGCUGCAAAACCCCAAAGUACUGCACCUUUAACUAAUGGCCUUCCAUCCGGAGUUCACUUCCCACCUCAGGAUCAAAGACCACAGGGACAGUAUCCUACAGUGAUGAUGGCAACCAAAAAUCACGGAACGCCAAUGCCUUAUGACCAGUAUCCAAAAUGUGAGUCUCCUGUGGAUGUAGGGUAUUACUCUAUGCUGAGUGCAUAUUCAAAUUUAGGUAUAUCUGGUCCACGUAGUCCUGAAAGGCGCUUCUCCUUGGACACAGAUUAUAGGAUUAGCUCUGUAGCUUCCGACUGCAGCAGUGAAGGGAGUGUUAGCUGUGGCAGUAGCGAUUCCUAUGUGGGUUACAGUGAUCGCUCUUACAUGAGUUCACCUGACCCACAGCUAGAGGAGAACUUGAAGUGCCAACACAUGCACCCCCAUGGCCGCCUUAACACUCAGCCCUUCUUACAGAGCUACCACGAGCCUCUCACACGAGUGCAAAGCUAUAGUCAUGAAGAACCAAAGCAUCACCACAAACCUCCAAUUCCAUACAUGGCUGUGCAUCUACAGCAUCCAACAGUCGGUGCUCGUUCUAGUUGUCCGAACGACUACUCUACAUCUCCGAGUUCGUCACAUUCAAAGACCAUGCAUCUGGGGAGAGCCCUCGUGUCCACAAGAAUAGACAGCAUUUCAGACUCACGUUUAUAUGAUAAUUCUCCAUUAAGACACAGAAAGCCUUAUUCUGGCCAAGAUGGACUUGGAAGUUGGGAUAGGCAGAGUUACGGGAUGGAUGCAUAUGGCUACCGCCAGACCUACUCCUUGCCGAGUAACCCCACACAGCCAUGUUAUGAGCAGUUUGCCUUCCAAAGCUUACCUGAACAGCAGGACCAGACCUGGCGCGUACCUUACUGUGGAAUCCCUCAAGACCCUCCAAGGCACCAAGACACCCGGGAGAAGGUUUACAUUAACCUCUGCAACAUCUUCCCCCCUGAUCUUGUGAGGAUCGUUAUGAAGAAGAACCCUCACGUGACGGACGCUCAGCAGCUCGCUGCAGCUAUCUUAGUGGAAAAAUCUCAGCUAGGUUAUUGAGAGAUGAUGCAUCUUUGUGGUG